AUGGCUCCGGCGGGGUCAGGCCGGAGGGACCGGAAGCACAGCGGGCGCGGGUGGCGGGCUCCCCUCCCCAGCCGGGUGCCGGCGCUGAGUGACUUCUCCCCUCUCCCCGCAGCUGACCUGCUCCAGACCGAGCCCGCGGAGGCCCCGGCGGUGACCCCGGAGUUCGCCGCGGGACAGGGCGGCGGGAGCGGGAGCAGCGGGAGCAGCAGCGCGGCGGCGGCGUUUCACUGCCCGCAGGGCCCGGCCGGCCGCGCCCCGGGCUGCCGCUCGGUCUCGGUGGUGUUCCCAGGCCCCGUGACCCAACAGGGCUGCUGCCACUUCGCCUGCGAGCUCCUCAAGCACGUGCUGUACCAGCGGCACCAGCUGCCCCUGCCCUACGAGCAGCUCGCCUACUUCUGCAGGAGGGCGCUGCCCCGCCAGCCGCAGGAUGGAGAUGCAGUUAAGAAGUUGCCACAUCCCCUAGACCUAGGGAGCAGCAGAAAGUGCCAGCAGUUGCUAAUGGACCUGGAGGGAGUGUUCUGGCACUUGGAAGCCAUAUUCAACCUGACAUUGGUCCCUCGGGUCCUUAUUCUAGUUGGAGGAAAUGCCAUGAGCCCCAAGGAGCUCUAUGAGAUCAACUUGGAGGGCAUCUCUGUAGGCAAUGCUGAGGAGAGCCUGCAAACACCAUCCUGUGUUCGUAAGCUUUUCCACUCACUCUUCCUUGCAGACGUCUUCAGUGAGUUACAGGCUGUUCCUGUCAUGGGAACCAUUGUCAUGGUCCAAGGCCACCGUGACUGUGGCAUUGACUGGUUCCGACCCAAGCUCAACUACAAAGUGCCAACACGUGGAAGGAAGUUGACUGUCAACUUGUCCUGUGGUGGAAACAGCAGUACAAAUUCAUCUUUUCAGCAGGGAGUGACCUCUGUGUGGGACAACUACAUAUGGUUCCAAGCACCAGUGACAGUUAAGGGUUUCCAUGAAUGACUCUUGAUCUAUAGCAUUUUAAUGAGACAUUUUAAAUCAGUUGGUGCUACUUUAGUUGAUGCAAAAGAAUGUUUUUAUGAUCUGUAACUACACCUCUGAAUCCUAUAUCCAGGGAAUCUGCUACAUGCAUGAAGCUGGGGUGUGUUCCACUGUCCAUACAACAGAGCUUUAAAUAUCCUCAUACAAGUGGAAAGCACUAGAGCAGUUUUGCCCACAGAUGAGGUUUCUUAGGGGAACUGAGUCAGGAAGAAGGAAUUCCCUAGAGGGUUGGUGGGAGUAAUUUUGUUUGUGCAGCAUGCCCACUUACUCAGCCAAUACUUGAAGCAGCCUUUUCUGGGAGUAUCAUGGUGUUCACACACUGUUCUCCUCUGCUUGCUGAUAAAGUAGUAUACAAUAUUAAUGGAUGAAUUGGGACUUGAUUAAUGGGUGCUUAUGCUUAAUUUGGGGCUGAUAAAGGCUAUCUAGCAGGUCAUAUUAAGCCACUCAGGAUCUCAUCUCCUUUACGGUCUAGUAAUUCCAUGGAAAUGGAGGGAGGUUUGGGAGUUGCAUAGCUAUAAGAAGAAUCACUAAGGGAUGUAAUUAUGUGCGAGGAAUGCUCUAAAGAGGGAGACCUCUAACCAUGCCCAGCACUGCUUUUUCUAUACUUGUGGAAGAAUGGAUGUCUGAUCAAUGCCACUUGCACCCAAUGUGAGAAGGCUCUGGAUGUUUUAAAUUUUCCAGCUAUCAGUGAAACCAUAUAAAUGAUUCAUGUUUCAUUUCUAUGAAUGGCUGAGGCUCUUCACUAAUAUCAAACUGCACAGCAUCUGAUGCCCAUUUUAAACUAGGAAGGUCUUGAAGCUUGUGGAUUUCACUUUAUAGCCCUUCCUGUUCCUCCCUGCCCCAAUUCAGCAGAAGGUUAGGGGUUUGUAAAGGUACAAGUGUUUCACUUGCUUUAUGCUGUUCUUCCCCUAUAUACAAUCAGUUUGUCAAAUAUAUAAGUUGUUACCCAUUCUAAGUUUUGUUACAGAACUAGCAUACCUAUCACUGUCCUCACUAAUCUGUUCUGAAAGGAGAUGGGAUACUUCCAGUUUCUCAGUAACUGCACUCAAUUUUAGGCUGUUACCUUAGGUUAGAAAUGGAAGUGGGGCAGUAAAGUACCCUAGAAAGGGUAAUGUCUUGCAUGUGACCUAGGAGCAUAAGGAGGAGUCAUAGCAGAUGGGUGAGAUUCCAAAGGACUGGAGAAGGACACUUAGUACCCAUCUAUAAA